UCACCAGUCCAUUCUAGUAAACGUCAACAAAAAUAACGCGUAGGAGUGGAAAACUCUCGGUGAAUAUCACUUCUUUUGAUACACGUAAUUUCAGUUUUGAAGCACAUCUAGCUACGAAGAACAUUUUAAGGAGUUGAAGUGCUAUCUUGAUCCAGUCUCCGUUCCUCAGGAUACCCAAACGAUCUGUACGGAGGAGAAGUUUCGUUUCUUGUUCGAUUGUGCACGUAAUCUGCGGUUUGGUGAGAUCAGCUGCCCCUACAGGGCCCCGCCUUCCUAUUGCUGUAUUUCCGUAGCCUGAACGUAAAUAACCACCACGUACACAUGACUUGCUCGUGCUGCUCACUGCACUGUCAUCGCACCUGGCGCUCAGCGUAGGACUAGAACUGUUUGUGUGACUUGUGUGUUAAUUGUUCCGUCGGAGUGAACAUGGUCAUUGCUGUCUCACGCACAGAUUUCACAACUACUUGACUCAUCAUUGCCUGUGGGACCAUUCAGACGUCUAAAACAGAGAGAAUUAAGGAUUAACUUUCAGGAGAUCCACUGUUAUUUUGCAUUUUUGUUAAGCUCAAACCCUUAAUGAUUCUGUAACCUUUUUUUGUUUGUUUGGAGUUCAGAGAAAAGAACAAAAUGGCAGGUCAUUUUAGGACGUUUCAAUAUUUUGCUAUCUUGUUCAUUAUUUUUUGUAAUUGUAUAGUCGGUAGUUUUGGACUGAUUGCAUCUGUGAGUGCAUUGAUAAGUGGGAGUGGUGUGAGUGUGGGAGAGGAGGGCAGUAUUGAAAUCGUACAGGGUACACUUGGAACCGUGAGGCUAAUUGGAAAACAUUUCAAUAAUGACAUCAUGAUAUGGAUAACUACUGAAGCAGCCGCCAGGGGAACAGUUUGUGAUGAUUCUUUCCAGCGAGAAGAUACCGUUUCUUUCACAGAAGUGAGCGGCGAUGGUAAUGAUACUAGUGCUACAGGCUCCCCCAAUACUGGAACCAUAGAUAUUGUGUUGAAAAGUCAGGAGACUGUUUACUACCUAUGCCUUCAGCAGCCGGAUGGUUCUGCAUGGCUUCACCAAGGUACAGAUCAGUGGUUGACGAUCGUUACAAAGGCUCCCCCGCAGCCAUUACUUCCACUGUGGCUCCAGAUCAUCUUCAUCGUGAUCCUGCUUAUUCUAUCUGGACUCUUCAGUGGCCUCAACCUUGGUCUGAUGGCCCUUGAUCCUGUGGAACUCCAGAUCCUUCAGAAUGCGGGAUCCAGCAAAGAGAAGAAGUAUGCCAAGCUGAUCAUUCCGAUCCGGCGGAUGGGCAACUAUCUCUUGUGUUCCCUGCUUCUCGGUAAUGUUCUUGUGAACACCACCCUGACUGUUCUCCUAGAUGACCUUUCAUCUGGGAUCUGGGCAGUCCUUGGAGCAACAGCAGGCAUUGUCAUAUUCGGUGAGAUUAUUCCUCAAGCAAUCUGUUCCCGCCACGGUCUGGCUGUCGGUGCGAAGACAAUCUACCUAACACGCUUCUUCAUGGUAUUAACUUUCAUUAUUUCGUAUCCGAUCAGUAAACUCCUGGACCUGAUCCUGGGAAAGGAGAUAGGAGCUGUUUAUGAUCGAGUUCGGCUAUUAGAGCUGCUGCGAGUGACGGACGAAUACAAUGAUCUUGCAAAAGAAGAAGUGAACAUCAUUUCAGGCGCUUUAGAACUCAGAAAAAAAUGUGUCAAGGAUGUGAUGACUCCGCUUGGCGAUUGCUUCAUGCUUGAUGAAGAAGCCAUUCUGGACUUCAAUACUGUGACAGACAUCAUGCACAAAGGAUUCACUAGGAUCCCUGUCUUCAGUGGAACACGGGACAACAUCAUUGCCAUUCUCUUUGUCAAAGAUCUCGCCUUUGUGGACCCUGAUGACUGUACCCCACUCAAGACGGUCAUCAAGUUCUACCAGCAUCCUAUCAACUUUGUGUUUGAAGACACCACCCUUGAUCUCAUGCUCCAAGAAUUUAAGAAAGGUCAAUCCCACAUGGCGAUCGUAAACCAAGUGAACAGUGAAGGCGAAGGAGACCCAUUCUACGAGGUGCUAGGAUUGGUUACUCUUGAAGACGUCAUAGAAGAAAUCAUCCAAUCAGAGAUCGUGGACGAGACGGAUGUUUAUCUGGAUAACAAGACGAAGCAGUUCGUGGGUCAUACUAACAAGCGGGACUAUUCCAUCUUUGCCCGGGAAGGGGAGUUAGCACGACCCAAGAUCACGCCUCAGCUUACCCUCGCUACAUUCCAGUUCCUGUCAACAUCUGUGGAUCCCUUCAAGGUAGAGAAGAUAUCCGAGACGAUCCUCCACCGCCUCCUGGACCAAGACAUCAUCUUUGAGGUGUUCCUACCAGAGAAGAAGGCUCCUCUCUUCCUCUACCAGCGGGGCAAACCAGCCGAUCACUUCAUCAUGAUCCUACAGGGUCGCGUAGAGGUCACCAUCGGCAAAGAGAACAGUCUCUUCGAGCAGGGGGCAUUCUCCUUUUACGCACAGCACGCCCUCACUGGUACAAAUCAACAAAUUGAUAACAAGCACAGUGGUAGCCGAGCUAGUGUAAGGAGUAUAGGUAGCGCUAGCAACCCGUCUCCACCAUCAGCCUACAUCCCAGAUUUCACUGUCCGUAUCCUCACCAAUGUCCAGUACAUCAAGGUGACCCGUGUCCAGUACAACGCUGCCCGUGCUGCCACCAAGAUGGAGCGGGAGAGCCAUGGAGACGUACACGUUGCUGCUCAACAGUCCAAGGAGCUCUUUGAGAAUGAGUGGCAGAAGGCCGUAAACCAGGAGAAGUUUGAACAGAGUGUGGAGGAUGCCAGCAAGGACAACAACGUCAAGAGUUUUCAGGUCGGCAACCAGAAGAAAGAUGAGAAGUUGUGACAUAAGGAGCAACCCUAAACUGAGCGAAGCUGGAUGUCAGUGCAUUUAUAGAUCCAGUGGAAAAAACUCUUAAACAGCAUCAGACUGAAAGAGAAUUUAUAAGAGUUAAAGCGGGCAGGAUUCAUAGAGUUUUAAUACAAGUAUUUCUUUUGAUGAUUGGAUUUUUCAAGCAUGGAGGGGGGGGGGGGGGGGAGGUGAUCAUUUUAUAGUUUAUAAUGCAAUUUCUGUGAAACACACGAGACGUACACUUUUAUAUCCCCAUAGUUCAAAUGAAGAAAAAAAAUGAACCGAAUAAAGUUAGAUUUGAGAUGAAGAUGCAAUAGGAAUUAAAAUGAUGAAGAUGAUGGAUUUGUAUGGUUCUACUAGCUGUAUUAACAAAAGAGAUGAUAACAAAUAAUUUGUUUUCAGCUAGAGAUUAUAAAAUCAAUAUCAAAAAAUUAUCAGGCAUGCUAUAAGUUGACAGUUAAUAUUAUAAAGAAAAUGUAGGAUAAUAUAUAAACUGCCAUACGGAACCCAAGUUUGACCAUGCACGCCUUAUUCUACUACGAGCAUGUAAGGAGCCAUUGAGUAAACUAGUCGACCCAGCCGCUUUUGUGUUUAUUGAAAGUGCAUUCGAACCUGCAAAAUAUCUUUACAGGAGUAAUAUUUGAAGCUCAUGUUUUGAUCAAAAUAUAGCAACAAGGCACCCCUUAAAAUACUGUCAACAUCAAUUAUAAUGAUGGUAAUAAAUUAAUUGCAUGUCCUACCUUAAACAUAUAUGUAUGAUGGUUUUCCUUCAAGAAUCUGAUUUUCUACUUUUUUGUGUGUAAACUAAAUCUGCAUGACUAUUAAUCAUCUACGGUAAAUGAAUGCAAAGAAACCAAAACCUCAAUAUCAACUUAGUCAGUUCAUGUGUAUUUAGGGAUAGUGAAGUUUCCUACACUUUUAAGAGACAUAUUUAUUUAGUGAACUUUUCUAGGAGCUGGUGGUAUUUAGGGAGCAAGUGCAAAUUAUAAUUAUCCAUAUUCCACAGUAAAGGAGAUAUUGUACAUAUUUUCUUAUUGAAUAGUUCGAUUUUUCAUGUUGAAUAUUUUUCUUUAUCGCUGUGGCUUCAACAGACUGCAUGGUAUAUAAAAGAAAUAAUAUUUUGUACUAAGAAUGAGAAAAGGAAUGGUGCUAGCUUUAAUUUGAAAAAUGCAUGAUUUUUUUUAUUAUUUUUAAUUCAGUUGGAUAAAAAGUUACUGUGAAUCAGCUGUAACUGAUUUAAAUUGAAGAAACUAUUUAUUAUUUGAUUAAUACAACAUUAUAUAACUAUCGGAGCUUUAUACAGGCAAUGAAGUAAUGCAUGUUGUAGAUUGAAUGUUUACUUCACAUGCACAUUAUUGAUAUGUAUACAAUCUACACAAGAGGAAUGCUGGGUAUUUAGAUGAUCUUCAAGAGUUUAUGUCAGACAUAUUACCACUUGCUACUCUGUUCGCAACAUCACAUAGUUGUACCUCAUUCACAGUAGGCAUUUGACCUGGUGCUGACCUCUGAGCUGAUUUGGAGCGAAUUCAAUUCUGAUUUCUCCUGCACAAACUUAACACGCUUUACGAUGCAACUCGGGCUUGAAUCCGGCCAAUUUCCCGUUUUAAAUCGGUUUCCCCCCAUGUUUGUUUAAAUCAUGGUGUGUUUUUUUCUUCCAAAAAUAGAAACCAGUAGUCCCUGAGAUCGAUGUAAAUCCAGUAUAAAAUUAGGGGAGUGAGUUGCCGUCUUUUUAAGACUUACUUGAAUGCCUCGCGCUAGUGCUUGGCACCUCGAUUUGCUUAUUUUGUUUGUAACUCUCACUAUCACCUCUGAUCCGGCCCAAAUCUGAUGCGAGAAUGACUAGUUUUGAAUGAAACCAGUGAUAACUAGUGGGUUAAAAUUCAAGGGAGAUGUACGAUCAAAAUGAGCUGCUGCCCUAUUUUCAUUAGCAUUUCUUGCAUGUUAUGUAUCUCCCACGUGGUCUUUUCCAGGCUGUCUCGUAUUUGGCAAUGAGUAUGCCCUGCUCAAAUUUAAUGCAGUUCAAGACUGAAUUGAGUGUGAAUGCAUUCAACUGAGUUUAUUAGGGUUAAACUCUCUGGUUAAGUCAGCAUCAAGCUUGUACCCAUGCACUGUGAAUGGGGUAUGGGAUUGUAUGAUUCACGCUCCUGCAACAUUAACUGAGACCAAGGACCAAACCUUACCUUACCCUAACCCUAAAGGGUCGUUCAGAUAUGAUGCGCAAAACGCAAAGUUUCUUAAAAUGAUGACAUAAAGUAUAACACGCUUUACAUUUAUAUAAAUGUAAUGCUUCCUGGGAGAAAUUUCAAUUGUUUAAACAUAUUACUGGGUGUAAGCCACAAAUAUGUUUAAAUAACGCUUUACAUUGUUGUAGCUUAGAACAGAGCUCAAUGAAUAUGUGCAAGUCUUUUGUUGUGCAUAAUUACCAUUCAUUUACACGAUUAAAAAAACGGCAGAUUUUUUGCGGCGCGUUUACCAUACCAUAUCUAAACAAUCCUUAACCCUACAUUUUUUACGAAAUAAAGCAAAGACGAAUUGUAGCUGGAGAAAAUUUCAGAUUAAUGGGUAGAGGUAACCCAUUCAGACUGGAAAUAUUAAAAUUCGAAAAUGAUCAGCUUUUCAAAUUCAAAUUGGCUGUGAUUGUUUUUUAUUGCAAUGUUUUUCUAAUCAGAAGUCAUGUAUAUCACACCAACAUAUUAGACCAUAUGAGAUGUAGAUUGAUGAGAUGGAAUAUCAUAUCAUUCAAGAGUCUCUCAAAGUUCUAAUAUGAACUGUCUUUAGAAGUUUAUUCGGUUACAGCAGCAUUUAUAACUUUAUAUUCAACAAUGUGCUAGCCUCAAAGUUGUACGAACACGUAAUGUUUGUUCUCCAUGCCGAUGAUGUCAUCAUAUCUCGUGAUUAAAGCAUUUUAAUAUCAAUUUUGAUGUA